GGUGGAAAGUUCACGAGGCCUACGUCACUGCCACCUCCUAGCCAAUUAAAUUCCACCAGGCGGGGUAAAAGUUCCCGUUUGGUGCGUUUUCAUUUCAGCAGUUUCCCAUAUCCUCGAAUGAAGAGCACACCGACUUUCAACAUGACGAAGACAGAAGGGAUCAAAAGAAGGCUAAAGCCUGUCAUAGAGAAGAAAAGGAGAGAUCGGAUUAACCACAAUCUAGACGCAUUAAGAGAUCUGCUCUUCAAGAACACUGCAGACACUCGUUUACAAAAUCCGAAACUGGAAAAAGCAGAGAUUUUAGACCUUGCAGUUCAGUACAUCAAAAAGACUAUAAGAAAGACUGAAACAGCAAGGAAUUCCAAUCAAAUGGACUGUAAGUCAACCCAGAAUCAGUUUGUUAUAUCUCCUGCGGGUCCUCUCUACACUAGUGACUACUGCAGGAGGUUUAAAACAUCUGAGCAAAACGAGGUUCUCCUGAAUCUGGGAGUCAGUCAGAACCUAAGUGGUUCUUCCAAAACAGGGAAUAAACUAGUUUCCCAGAAAGGCUUCCUCUUAUCCCCACCAGGCCAGAACUACCACCAGGAGCUGCUCUUACACCCUGAAUCAUCUUUGUAUGGGUCAAGUUUAUUGCGUCAAUCGACUUCUCCCUCCAUCUCAUCAUCAUCACAAUACAGUUCUCCGCCAUCAUCUCCCACUUUUACCAGCACAUCCUGCUCUCCCUCAUCGUCUCCCCCUUGUCCUUCAACAUCUUGUGCUGCCUUUCCUGACCAACUGUCUCCUCUAAUAACUCCACUUUCACUUCAGAGGCCUGUUUUUGUUCCUCAAGCCAUUCUGCCCCACAUGACCAGAGAUUUGACUCCACCACAUUCGCCUGUCCUGGCUCUUAGACAGGAUCCCUUCCCUCUUCCAAACCAGCAUGCCUGGAGACCAUGGAGCUGAAAUCUGACCACUCUGUUGUUCCCCAUUUUAGGCACUGCUCCAAUGGAGAAAUGAUGGUGUUCUCUAAGAGGGACCUUAUGGACAUAUGUUGGGGCAUGUGCACAGUUUUGUCUAUUAUUAUUCAAUGACUUGUACUUUCAAUUUACUAUUUAUUGUUUUAUCCAGUGAUUGUCUUCACUGGUAUGUGUGUGAUUGCAGCAGUGGAAUAAAUGAGUUGAAUC